AAACUUCAUUUGGCCGCCGUGCUUUCCACCUGCAGUAGUUACUACUGGUGCACGUGCAAGGCGUUCUCGUGAGCAGUAGGUUUACGUGGCUUCUUUUCUUCCGGCGCACUCGCUCGUCCAGAGUCCGGAGUCCAGACAUAAACUCGCCCACCCCUCACGCCACGCACCAAGGAGAGGCAAGCAAGCUGUAACGGCUGCCCGGCGAAGGUGAGUGGUGACCAUGGACGUGGCGAGCGGCACGGCCAAGCGCAAGCGCUCGUCCGCCGAAGCCCCGGCCCCCGUCGGCGUCGACGACGUGUCCGACACCGAGGUCGAGGAGUUCUACGCCAUACUCCGCCGCAUGCGGGACGCCUCCCGCCGGCUCGCCUCGGGCGGGGUCGCCGCCGCCAGGGCCCGCGCCCCGGCUCCGGCCCCGCGCGCGCCGGCCUGGUGCCCCAGCUUCUCCUGGGAGGACUUCGCCCCGACACCGCCGCCUGCCCCGCAGCAGCAACUGCCCGCAGACGAGCGCGUCGCCGAGAACGCCACGCCGCCGCGGCGGCCCGUCCCCCGCGGCCUCGACCUCAACGCCGAGCCGGAGCCGGAGGUCACCCCCUCGUAGAGGCGCGAGGACGACGAGCCCUGGGACGGACGGACAGACGUGGGCGAGCUGGCCGGCGACGAUACUCUCCUCUCCUCUGUACCACCCACCGCCCGGCCGGCCGGUGCUUUUUUAGCAAACUGAUCAUCUUCAUCUGUUAAUUUACUUUACCGGUGGUAAUUCGGUAUGUUUAAACGAACGUUACUAUACUACGUAGCACUGUAGUUGUACGAGUACUCUCUUUCUUGGCCGCGUACAUUUGUACGUGAUGCCUCUCGCUGUCUUGCUUGUGUGAACAAGGGAGACCUGUCACAAGAGUCCAUUGAGACUGCUGUAUUCUACUAACAUUGCUUCA